AAUUUUCAAUUCUACACUAGGCGAAGUUAACCAAACAUCUCUGUCAACUUUUUCUUUGUUGCGUGGAACUCGAUCUUUCCACAUAUUCCUUCUCGUAGGUAAACUAUUCCCCAUCUUCUCAAUCUUUCUCAUGCCACUCUCAACACCUUUCAGCUCUUUCAUGGCAGGCAAAAAAUCUAGAGCUUCCUCCACAGAUGAAUUAUCGAUAAUAAAAGCAGCUGCAUGGGCGUGGUACCAACACAGUUCUGGCUCCGAGGGCAAACCCAUGGGCGAAUUUGACAUCACAAGAACACGACGGCCUCCAAAACCUUCACGUUAUAAACUGGAAGCCAUGAAAAUCAAAGAGGAAGAAGAUCGCAGUACUACACAAGCUUCCUCUCAAACUUCGAGUCCAAAUCAUAUUGAUGAUAAUAUUACCUCUCUUCUUGAUUCUUAUGAGAUUGAAAGUAUUUCAAAACGGCUGGAUCAACUUACAGAAAACUCAAGUGGCAACAAGUUUUAUGGUGGACAUGGAAGUGGUGGGAUUAAUAUUAUGAAGAAAAAGUCUAAUAAAUUGAGAGGGCUUUGGCAGCCGGUUUUGUGUGGCAGAAGGGAAGACAUUGCAGCCGCGGAUACAAGGUUUUUCAGGGUGAAACGGCCGCCGGAAAAGGUUAAGUCGGCAGGUGGCAGGCCACGGGUAACACUUGUCUAAUGAAUAGUUGUAUACGUAGCGAGGGCUACUGGUAUGGUUGUUGGGUGCAUAUUAAAUUGUAUCUACUGCAGUGCAACUUUAUUUUUUUGCUUCAAUUAAUUUACAGCCAGUUAAUAAAUCAAAUUUAUUAAAGAA